AUGGAAUCAGAAAAAAUUAUUUAUUUGGAUGGUAAUACAUUAAAAGAACAAGAUCUUUUUAAUAUUGGUUACCAUGGUUAUAAAGUUGCAAUUACUCAAGAAGUAGAAGCACUUAUUCAAAAGGGUAGAGAUGUAAUUGAAGAUAUUUUAAAGAGUGAGAAAACAGUCUAUGGUAUUAACACUGGUUUCGGUUUAUUCUCUGAUGUUAUUAUCCCACCAGAUCAAGUUAAAGUUUUACAAUGUAAUUUAAUUAGAUCUCAUUCAUCAGGUGUUGGUAAACCAUUAUCACCAGAAAGAACUAGAAUGUUAUUAGCAUUGAGAAUUAAUGUUUUAACUAAAGGAAACAGCGGUAUUACAUUGGAAACCGUCAAAAGAGCAAUUAACUUUUUAAAUGCAAAUUGUUUACCAUUUGUACCAGAACAAGGUACUGUUGGAGCCAGUGGAGAUUUAGCACCAUUAUCACAUUUAGCAUUAGGUAUGAUGGGUGAAGGUAAAAUGUAUGAUUUUGGCGAAACCAAUAAUCAAUUCCACAGCAAAAUUGAUAUCAAUUGUUUAGAUAGCGGAAACUAUAAAUUUUCACCAUCUGAAGAGAUUUUAAAGAGACAUAAUCUUCCAGCAAUUGAAUUAAAUGCCAAAGAAGGCUUAGCAUUAAUCAAUGGUACCCAAUUAAUCACAUCAUUAGGUAUCGAAGCAUUACAUCGUUGCAAAAUUCUUGCACAAACAGCCAAUAUCAUUACAGCAAUCACAUUUGAAGCAUUAAAAGGUUUAACAGCUGCCUACAAUCCAUUAAUUCAUGCAGCAAGACCACACACUGGCCAAAAUGAAGUUGCUGCCUUCCUUAGAUCCAUUUUACACAGCGAACGUUUCCCAUCCGAAAUCACCACCAUUGGAAAUAAAGAUACAAAAAAAGUUCAAGAUUCAUACACUCUUCGUUGUGUCCCACAAGUUCAUGGUAUUGUUUUCGAUACCAUUAAAUUUGCCGAAGAUAUCCUCACCACAGAAAUGAACUCUGCCACAGAUAAUCCAAUGGUUUUCAAUACCGAAGAAUUUGUAGGAACUAUUUCAGGUGGUAAUUUCCAUGGAGAAUAUCCAGCAAAAGCACUUGACUAUCUUGCCAUUGGUAUUCACGAACUUUCAAAUAUUAGUGAACGUCGUAUGGAACGUUUAGUAAACUCUCAAUUAAGCGAAGGUUUACCAUCAUUUUUAGUCAACGGUGGUGGCCUCAAUUCCGGUUACAUGAUUUCUCAUUGUACCGCUGCCGCCUUAGUAAGCGAAAAUAAAGUUUUAGUCCAUCCAUCAUCAGCAGACACUCUCAGCACCAGUAGCGCCAAAGAAGAUCACGUUUCAAUGGGUGGUUGGGCUGCUCGUAAAUGCUUACUAGUCGUUGAAAAUGUAGAAAAUGUUUUAGCCAUCGAAUUAUUAGCUGCUUGUCAAGCUAUUGAUUUUAGAAGACCAUUAAAAACCACAGAACCUUUAGAGGCUGUUCACAAAUUAGUACGUUCAAAAGUUUCUUUUAUGGAAAAAGAUAGAUAUUUAUCUCCAGAUAUUGAAGAAGUUUAUAAAUUAAUUAGAACUGGUCAAAUUUUAAAUGCUGUAAAUGAAGUUUUAAAUAGAAAUUAA